GAUAUUUUAUUUCGUAAUUCUCCUGGAGAAAUUACAGGAGAUCCCGCCCGCGCAUGCGCAGUCAUUACGUUCGCAGCAUUGUUUUGGCAGUCAUUUUCCGCCAUUUUGGGUAAGACAAAAAUUGUUUUUUCUUACCCUUCUUCGAGUUGGUUGCUGGAAUUAUUGUGCUAGGACUUUUUUCUUACCAACCUCCUUCUAACAUCGACUUUUGUUCCGAGUUGGAGUACUUCCUGUCGGAAAUCAGAUCAUGAAUCGUGAUCUCUUGAAUGUGGAUACCAGCCCGCCGGCGACUCAGUCGCAGCGGAGUGCGGUUUCUCCACCGGGCCAGACGCCGGCGAAGCCGGGCGCAGGGACCCGUUCCACGAGCCAGCAACCAGCUUCGCACGAUAAAGGAGAUAUCAAAUCUCCGUCGGGCUCUUCGGGCAUAGGUACCGAUAUGGCACUAUUGAAAGCCAAGCCCAAUAAAAUUGUCAAGAAACAUAAAGACAAAGGAGAUAUUAAAUCUCUGCCUGGCUCUUCGGGCUUAGGAACCGAUAUGGCACCAUCAUCAAAAGCCAAGCCAAAAAAGAAUAAACCAUCUCCCUCAACUUCAAACUCUGAGUUUGAGGAGAGACUUACUAAAUUGGAAUCGCUUUUGACUAAAGCACUUGAGAAUCAGGCCACCCGUUAUCAAGAUAGUGCCCCUUCUGAGGCCGAGUCUUUUUACGAUGAUAGUAAUUAUGGCUAUGAUGAUCAGAAUUCUCAGUUUCACGCAGGUCAGGUCCAUGUGACCAAUGUCAGUGAUGACUAUUCACAAGCACCAGAUUUCGAGAGUGGGGAAGGUGAAUGUGAUGUGGGCCAAGGCCCAAGCAUUCCGGCAUUAGCCGCUAAGUUUGCCCAGCCCCAAGAGAUGGGACAAGCAAUUGAUGAUAAUCUAGCGAUGUCUGCAUCGUAUUUACUCUCCAACAAGUUGGGUGAAAAGGCUCUUGAGGAGUCUUUGGACAAAUACCCCCCACCCACCAAUUGCCCCUUGGUCGAUGUGCCAAGAGUUAAUGGUCCCAUUUGGGACAAACUAAAACAAGUAACUCGACAAAGAGACCUGCAACUACAAAAAAUUCAACGUUCACUAACCAGAGGUUUGACAGCAUUUUUGCAAUCUUUAGACCCGGGGAAUAUUUCUGAAGCCCAACAAGAUUGCCUCGCUUUGCUCAGCAAUGCCAAUUUUGAGCUAAAUUGCACUAGGAAACGUCUUAUCAGACCUGAUAUGAAUAUGAAGUUUACACCAUUGUGCAAAUCUUCCCAAGUGGGCAAGUUCUUGUUUGGAGAUGAUCUUGCUAAGCAAGUGAAAGACCUGAGUGAGCAACAAAAGGCAGCUGCAGGGAUGAUGAGAGGUCAAUUAAAAGACAAACAAUUCAAGACUCACUCAUAUCACCCAUAUGCCAGGAAUAAAACCAGUACCCGUGAAUUGGGAUGGGCGCAAUCAGCCCAACAUGAUUUGUGGUCAGGCAACCCAGAGGGUCCUUUUUUAGGGCAGCCCCAGUGGGAAAGACGCAAGAACAAGGGUCAAGACCAGUGGCAGAACCCAGGCUCGCAGAGCAGAAUGCCUUCCCACAGCCCCUUUCCCCCAAAGCAGGGUGCACCUUGGAAGAAAACAAAGUAACUACUUCUGCUGAAGAGGAUCUCCGGAAACCUUUCAAGAGACUGAAUAAAAAGACUACGGAGAUCAUAAUGUCUUCAUGGAGAGACUCUACUAAAAAUCAAUACUGUAUCUACAUAAGAAAAUG